AUGAUGGCCGAUGUGACCAACGGAAACAGCGCCAUCCUGGACGAGAAGCUGUCGCGCCUGUCUAAGAAGCCCGGCGUCAAGGCCAGCAUCGUCAUCGACCGAUCGAGCGGAUCGAUCCUCAAGACGAGUGGCGACGUCUCGGUGCUAGGGACGACACAGUCGCGCACGGCCUCGACGGCGGCAUCUUUUUCGAACGAGCCAGCCGCUGCGGAAGAAAGCACCUCCAAGGGCAUCGACGACUUUGCGGCCAUGAUUUGGAAGUUUGUCAACAACUCGGGCGAGAUGGUUGAAGAAAUGGAUAAGGAUGACGAGCUGCGAUUGCUACGACUACGAACCAAGAAGCACGAAAUUGUUAUUGUGUUGGAUCCGAAAUACCUGCUGACUGUCAUUCACGAUACGCCGGCGUCUUGA